AUGUUGGGUAGGAUGGAGACUGUGUCGGACGGAAGUUUGAAUGCGGAUGCUUUUGGGGAUGCGAUAAAGAAGGUGCAGACCUUUUCCCCUCCAAGUCUACACAAUCGCAAAGAGUGUGGCAGGUCCGCUUUGACUGACCUGCCGACGAGUUUGAAAGAAGAGCUCUAUCUUCAUCACUCGGCUUCGACCUUCGACGGGCCAGACUACGUAGCAGAUUCCGAUUUCCUCACAUCGCAACCUUUGCCGCUCAUGGCCUUGGAAGUGGGAGACCUGGGCCAGCAGACCCUCAUUGCAGAGCUGCGGGAGGAGUUCCGUGUUGAGCACCAGAGGCUCCAGAAAUCCCUCGAGACCGAGCGGGCCGAGCGCGUGCAGAGCAUUGCCGGCAUCCGUCAAUCCACUUGGGGGGAAGGCAUCGUCCUUCUGAUACCCAGCUUCUGUAGAAUUGCUUGGGCGACGCUUGGUCUAGCGACACAUGCUCUCUUUGCUGACGGCACGGUGGAUACACUGGGAGCCUCUCUCGUCGAGGGCCUGACCAUCCUGGGUGCUGAAGUCGAGAGCCUGAUCUCCUUGGUGAUGCACCUCAAGAAGAAACAGGCAAAGACGACUCUGUUCGCUUCUUCCAGCGUCCGUGUAGCAGGCUCUCUUCUUUACUACUUUACCGGCAUAGCUAAUUACUUGAGUGACUUCCACCAUUGUCCCGUUGCCCUUGGCGCUGUGGCAGGUAGUGCCAGCUCGCUGAAGCGCCGGUUGCAGCAGACGACUACCUUCGCUUCAGGCGGUGAUGGCUAUGGCUAUGAUGGCUAUGGCUAUGAUGGCUAUGCCGGCGCCGUCACCGGAUCGCCCGGUUACAGUGGAUAUAGCGGCACCGUCACCGGCUCGCCCGGCUACGGUGGAUAUGGUGGAGACUGGGUCUUCUGCGAAGAGUUGUACUGCUACACCAGCGUCUACAACGAUGCAGGUGAGGUCGACUGGGACGCGACAAACAUGAUUGAACCCACGUGCUCUGCCUAUGACGAAGGCUGCAAGUGUAACGAGCAGUGGGAGGAGGAGUGUGACAGCUGGGGCUACAAGUACUGUGAGCAGAAGAGCAUUGGCUGCUACGACCCUCACGACGUGUCUUGCAUGGAUUACGAGGUGAAGUGCAAGGACUCCUUCUCCAGCUAUUGCUGGGAUCCGUCAUAUGGAGCCUGUCCACUGUACUGCGACAGCACACAGCUGUACUGCUUCUCCUACGGCUACGAUGAGAAGGGCAUGCUGAACAGCUCGGACUACCGUGAAUACUGUGCGGCCACGGAGACGGGUUGCACCUGCAACGUGCAGUGGGAGCACAAGUGCACGGAUCAGUGGGGCUACAGCUGGUGCCAGGAGAAGACCCAGCCUUGCCCGAUCACCUGUGGCACAGAUGAGCAGGACUGCUGGAUGACGCCGUACGGUAAGGACGGCUAUCCGGAUUGGAACGCAAGCUACGAACAGACUUGCCACCCAAUCGACCAGUCCUGCCCCUGCGACCCCGUUCAUGAAGAGACGUGUAUUGACAACUGGGGUACCUGGUGUCAGUCGAAGGUUUAUGGCUCUUGCCCGAUAGCUUGCGGCACUGACGAGAUGACAUGCUGGGUUACGCCUUAUGACGACAGUGGAAAUGUUCUUUACGACGGGGCAUGGAACGAGGUUUGUGCACCAGUCGAAGAUGGUUGCCCAUGCAACCAGCAGUGGGAGAAGCAGUGCACAAGCUACGGCUACACGUUCUGCGAGGCCAAGACGAACAGCUGCCCUGUAGAUUGUGGCGAGGUGGAGACGUGUUACCACUACGUGUCAGGUAACCAGACUUGUGCAACAGAUUCCGGCUGCAUUUGUGAAGCAAACGAGAUCAGCUGCACCAAUCCGGACACCGGCAAGGUGGAGUGCUAUCCCACCGACUGGUAUCCUUCUGGUUGCCCCGUCUCCUGCAAGAUGUCUGAUGAGAUGUACUGCUCCAACGUCUCGUUCGAUGCUACCGGAAUGAUGCUCUGGCAGGACUACUGCCUGGAUGGCGGCAGCAACAACUGGAUGUGCCCCAUUCAUUGCGACACAACCACCUCGAAGAAGUGCGGCACCCCAGGUUCCUUCGACGAGCACUGCGUGGCCAUCUCAGAGGACUGCCCUCUGAGCUGCUCAGCAGAUCAGCAGUACUGCUGGGUGGACGAGUAUGAUUCUGAUGGCAUGUGGCUGUCCAGCUCGGAGACCUGCGUGGCUCUGGAUGCAGACUGCCCCUGUGGAGCCAAUGCGGUGCAGUGCGAGGACCCCUUCUAUGGUGGCUACAAGUACUGCACCGCUUCUUUCUGGGGGUGCCCGAUCUACUGCGAUCCCAUCACGGAGAAGACCUGCUACCCGGUAUCAUUCACGGAAGAUGGGCUGCAAGAUUGGAAUGCCCCGGUUAAAGAGAGCUGCCAGAACAUCACCCAGCCAUGCGGGUGCGGCGAGAAUGCCAAGAUGUGCCGCUGGACUGAUGAGUGGGGAUACGAAAACGAGGUAUGCUACCCAACCAGCAUUGCAUGCCCCGUCACCUGCCAAGAAGAUGAGCAGCAUUGCUACAUCACAGACUACGGGAGCAAUGGCUAUCCCGGCGUCUACCGGGAGACCUGCAUCAAAGCAGACCAGGUGUGCCCUUGUGGAACCCACUCGCAGCAAUGCCAUGACCCACACUGGGAUUAUCACUACUGCUACCCGCUGGUGGACUACUGGAGCAAUAGCUCCAUGCGCUGCCCGGUCUACUGCACCGACGAGGAGGACUACUGCUACAGCCCUAGCUACGAUGCAAAUGGUGGAUGGUUGAGCACUGUGGAAACAUGCGUCCCAAAAGGCACCAAGUGCCAAUGCACUGGCCAGAACUCCUUCUCGUGCGACUUCAAUGAGUGGGGCUACACCUGGACUGAGUGCCUUCCCAUCGAGGGAGGCUACUGUCCGCCUACAUGCGCCGAUGGUGAGGUGAGCUGCCCGGGGGUGGACGACUACAGGCCCGACGGAAGCUGGUUGGGUUGGUCCAGCCCCAGCACGAAGUGCGCCGCCAGCCUCGACAGCUGCCCCUGUGGAACAGAGGCAAAAGCAUGCCCAGGUUCUGCCAUGCGCUGCAUCUUCAAGGACGAGGAGUGUCCGGUGGUCUGCGGGGACAAGCAGAAGAAGUGCUGGAUCGUAGACUUCACACAGUCGGAGGAGUACAUCAGCGACCGUGAAAUUUGCGUUGGGGAGGAUGAGAAGUGCCCCUGCGGUCAGAACACACAACGAUGCCCCGGCUCAGACACCUGCCUGCUGCCUACCGAGGCCAGCCUCGUUUGCCCUUGCGAGGAGUCGGAGAAGCAGUGCAAUGUCGUGGACUACACUUCCUCGGGGAAGCAGUCAAACACGAGCGUUCAGUGCAUCAAUAAGGGUGCAAAGUGCCCGUGCGGCACGAACUCCUUGGUGUGCCCGGACCCGAACAAUGCGGAGGAUAACAUCUGUCGCCCCAAGUAUAGCGGAACACUUCUGAACAGCUGCCCCAAGGCAUGCACACCGGAGCAGGAGGCUGCUGGCAACAGGACCUGCAUCCAGACGCACCUGACCGAGACUGGUGCAUUCCGGUCGGAGAGUGUCAGCUGCGUAAAGCCCGACAACUGCAUUGCUGGUGAUAACAUGCAGAAGUGUCCCUCAGGAAGUCAUAUCCCGGCCUGGAAGUCGUGCAAGGACCUCUAUGGUGCAGGCGGCAGCAACACCUCUGCCGUCGAAAGUGGUGAGAAGCAGAAAUCCAAGGUGAUCGUGGUGCUGGAUGCUGUCAAGGAGGAAGUCAUGGAGAAGCUCGAGGAUACGCGGGUGCUGCUCAAUGGCGAACUCUACCUCCCCAAAGGUUUGAAGACCACCAUCACCUACAAGAGCCAGAGUACAGCGGUUCAAGGCCGACGCUUGACGGCCCGUCGCGCCUCCACCACGGGCGCCGUGCUGACGCUUGAGAUCGAGAAUGAGGGGCCCACAUCGGUGGCACCGGUCGACGUGGCCCAGGAGCUGCAGAAGCAGGUCAAGAGCAGCAGUGCUGGUGCCAUGAAGGCUUUGGGCGAUCUCGGCACCGUGAACACCAAGGUGGGUGUCCGUGUCGCUUCGGAGAAGGCGACAAUCACCACCCGCGCAGAUGUCGCGAACCAGCAGAGAAAGGCAGCGCUGGGAAUCUCUGAUCCCACCACCACCACCACCACCAGCAGGCAGGCCAGCCAGGGGCAGGUCACGACGCUAGCGGGAAACACUGGCGACACCGAGACAACCAGCAUGGAUGAUGAGCUCAGUUUUGCCGUGUCGGGUCGGUUCUACCUGCUCACGGUUCUGUUAGCGGAAUCUGAGACGUCUCAGUGGAAGUCUGUUUUGUUCCUGCAGUGGCUAGAUGCAGAUGUGCAGCUGGAAGAAGAAGAAGAGGCCUUACAGUCGAUCUCGCCACGGUCCAUGGACCGCCGGCGGAUGAUGCACAGCUUCGAGCAGCUGGGCCAGCAGCUGACGGACGGUUGCCGUGCUCAACUGGCUCUGGAGCUGAAACGGGCAAACAAGGAUUUGCAGUCCUCCAUCGCGGCCAUGGAGUCUUCGAUGCGUGCCGAGCUAUGCAGCCACUUGAACGUUGCGGUGAACAUGCACAUGGCUGGGAAGGUAACAAAUUCGGAAGAGGCAAAUAUGCCGGAAGAGUCCCCAUCAAGGAGAAGAAGCACCGAAUUCCGAAGCCAGGAUAUGACCUCGUCAGCAUCCAUGCCAUCGCUGUUUGACCGGUCAAGCCUGCAGGAGGAAACUCCGACAAGCGCGCAUGCAGAGGACCGCGGCGGCAACACGGUCAGUGAAACUGGCACAGGCGAUGAUGCCGGGAUCAUGGCGACGGAAACGCAAGAGGCUCUCUGUGGAUCCGAGGAUCCCACACAGACACCCGACACUGCGAACUCCACGGAGGCAGAUGACGAAGCCGUGGAGAACAAAGUGGAAGACAGCAAGAAGGCCGACGAGACCUCCGGCAAAGAGGCUGAGGAAGUCAAAGCGACGCCAAGCCGAAGCCCUUCUUCUUGUUUUCGGCCAGAGAUGUCUCCCCAACGUGGAGUGCCAAUGCAGGCAGCGAUGUCGCCACGUGCCUUUCCACUGCCAGGAAUGAACCCGGAUCCUGCUCGGCUGCCGAAGCCACCAAAGCCUGGGCACCAGGUUCCUUUGACAUUGGCUUUGCCACCAGGCAGGGCAAUCGCUGUGAGGACCAUCAGCCCGCAGCGUGGUUGUAUCAGGUCGGGUUCCCAGUCCCAGCAGACCCCGGGCAAAGGGCAGGCACAUCCUUACCUUGCGCGAGGACAACAAUCCACCCAGCAGCUCCGACCAGCUUCGCAGGUGAGCAGUCCGUACCUCACCACAACCCUGGCUGAUGCCAGCAAGAUGCCUCAACAGGAGCAGGAAGCUGCCCGUUUGGGGGCCAUGCGGCUCGCUGUUGCACAGAGUCGCCCUCCGCCUCCUGCACCAGCAAGUGGACGACGUCAGGCACCUAGGAGCAGGGAGAUGGCUACUCUCGUUGCAUGA